AUGUCUGCAGAAGGGGAGGAUUUGUUUGAUGAUUUUUUAAAUUCAAGAUUGGAGGACGAUUCAGAACACGGUGGCGGCUCUGUUAAAUUGAAUGCGAAUGACGGAGCACAUCAUGAUACGGCCGAGUUGAAUGAUGAAGAAUUUGAAAAACUGUUGAACGAAUCCGAGACUGAGCCUCAUCAUCAACAAUCGGAAUUGGCCACAAGUACGACUCAACAACAGCCAACCGUAAAUGUUUCUUCAACGGAAUCAUCAUCAUCAAAUACUACUACUGUACAGCAACAAACCUCCGUGAAGGAUCAAAAUACCGAAGAUGAGGAUGAUGGAGAGGUGAUUGAAUUUCAAUGGACCGAUGAAGAUCAAAUCAAGGAUGAAACCGAUCAAGCCAAACAAAAUGAAUUAAUUUCCAAAAUUUCUACCCAUGGAGCUCCAAAAAGAAAGAGAAGCACAGCAUCGAGUGUUACUGGAGAGUCCUCAACAGCGUCAUCAUCUGCAACAACAACAAGAACGACUGACAGUAGUAGCACCGGUGCUGGAGGCAAUCAUCAUCAAGAAAUUGUAGAAGCACGAAUCAGUUUAAUGAUCUCUGAUAUUUUGAAUAGAUUCGGAAAGGUCAUUGAUAUUGACAGUAGAGGAGAGGCCAUUGAAAUGAGAAUGACAGACUUACGGAAGGAGGAGACGGAAUCGUCCUAUUCUUUUGCCAAGUUAAAAGAAUCUCUCCAAAGAAAACUUGUGGUUCUCGAAUGUACAAUAGACAAUCUAUGCACAUUAAUUGACAGAAAUGUGCAACGUAAAACCCAAUUGAGAGAAGCUAAAAAACUACUCAAAGACCAAUUGGUAAAGACUUCUGAAUUGUGCUCGGAAAAGUCGAAACAACUCGAGGAGACAAAAGAAAAGUAUAAAAAGAUGGAGGCGAUCUAUCAAAAAGACAGAAAUAAUCUAUUACAAAUUAUUGAAACGCUGAAAUCACAAAUUAACGAUCCAGAAAACGAGGUUGUGAAAAAUUUGAAAAUUCCAGAGGAUCCUAAUACUGUGCUCAUCAAGAGGAUGACUCUGCCUUGUCCACUCUGA